GAAAAGGAGCAUGGGAAUAUUUAAAAUGGCACCUGCAAAGGCUUCUGUCAUGUACCUUUUAGGAUUUUUAAUCAAUCCAGUGUUUUUAACACUUAACUGUCCAUAUCAAGGGAAUACAAAACCUGCACAAUCUGAAUAUAAUCUAACAGUCAGUAACUUUAAGUGUUUUACAGUUGUAUGCUUCAAUGUAACUGUUGAUGCAACCAUAAAACAGCCUGAUGCGGUAGUGCUACAGAUGAAUGUCUCCACUGGUUCAGUAGGUCAGUGGUUGAACAGUAAUGGAGGAUGCCCUAAUGAAUGGACCAAGCCUGCUAGCCAAGGAUCUAAUCUACUACCCUUUUCUGCAACAUGGAUAGUCAAUGUUACUUAUAAUGGAUCUGCAACUCUGAUAGCUUUCUUUGAGAUGAAAAGCAUUGUAUACAGGCUUGAAAAAGCACUUUACUUUGCUACUCGGGAAAAUGAUUCUGUCUUACAAGUAAACAACGUCAGUAAAAAUAAGCCACUACUGGAAAAUGUUGGGCCAAACCAGAAUGCAGAUACAACUUCAACAGCACAUCUUGCAACCAAAGCACCUGGUCCUCCUCACUCAGCUUCAGCAGAGGACAAGCCAGCUAUCUUCACCUCAGCCUCAAGUUUAGCUUCUGGGUUGAAUUCUCUACAUUUCAAUUGUGUAUUUUACCUUGUUAUCCAGAUAAUGUUAUUGCUGUUUAACAUGUUAUAGCAAGUUAAAUUAUGUCUUUACUGUGCCAAGAAUUUGCAAAGUUGUGAAAUUAAAGUGUAGAACGAUUGUGAUAUUGAAACUGAAACACCUGCUUACUUUUUUAUUGAACUGCUGCUGUACUAGCUCAACUAUCAUUGCUGAACAACAGUAAGCGUGAUGAUUUCUGCAAUCCCCCUUCAAAUGAAUGCCAGAUCUCUAGACCACACUUACAAAUGCUAAGAUCAGUGACUUAUUAGUUUAAAAUUGCAAAAUACUUCGUUAAGUAUAUAAAAUUAUGUGCCUUUCAAUUAUUCUUAAUUUUUAGGAUUUCACUAAUUUUGCAAGAAAAAGUAAUUCUGUCCCUCAUGAAAUGUAGGUAACCAGUCAAAUAAUGCAUUAGAAUAGUAGAAUUCAUGUUAUUUAUAAAGUGCAUAUAUAAAUAUAAAUCAUUUUAUUGUACAAACUUUAAAAGGGAAUACUAUCAAUAUAUUAUAAGCAUCACUUUUUCUGCACCUUUGCUCCUAAUUAUGCAAAGUUUUGUCCUCAUUUUGAGUAAUGAGAGUUAGGAUUUCUUUUUUAAUAUUUACUUCAUCUAGUAAUGGUAGUGUAAUGGCUAAGCAAAUGUUUUGGGGAUAACCAAUAAAAAAUGUUUCAUUAUAUACAUUCAGCAGUUCUGAGUACUGAUGCUAUACAGGAAUUUGCAACCAAUUCACACAGCUUUGAAGAAAAUGCUUGCAUUGUAAUAAUAUGGAAAGCAUGUUUAAACUAAUGCUAUUACCAUGGUAUAGAAACAUUUAAGUAUAAUACGCAGAUUAAAUCCAGAUGUGUUGCAUCUGGGGAGCCAUGAUCAUAAAUCACAUUAUGUCACUCUACUUUCCAAUUAUGUCUCUCUUGUAGCUAUAAAAUGAACACAUAAUGCUGCUGUUUUCUGUAU